AUGAACAUUGCCGUUCGUCGACGGCGUAGACCGCAAGAAAUGGUCUGCUGUUGCCCACACAGUUGUCUCACUCUGACGAGUCGAACAAAAUCAAGGCGCGGGGUAUUCUGGCUGCACUUUUGGACGGCCGUGGCUAUUGUACAAACCGGGACAAGCCGACCCGAUCCUUCCUCUCCCACCGUGGGCAAUCAUCAGAAAAAUCCGUUACAAACUUGGAUAGAUGCUCGUUGCGGACCCAACGGACACGCCGUUUGGGCGUACUCUGGCAGUCUCUUCGAUCCGCUGAACGGAAAAAAGAUUGCGAACGUGGAAGGUUUGGAACUAGUUCGCAGACUUGCCGAGACGGACGACGACGUCGAGCACAAGCGAAGGUACCAACGACGCUGUGGGGACUUGAAAAUGGCCCAGGCCAUCUUGCAGGAGAGCUGCUCUUUGGAUUACGCGGGAACAAUCCUUUCUCGCAAAAUAUUCUGCUACAAACCUGUCGACGACCCGAAAUCGCUCUUAUCGUCCGUGCGAUUACGACCUCAGGGUCCAGAAAAAGCAAUUCCAACGGAUCAAGCAGCAACGGUCUUCGACACGGCUAUUACGGUCAUUCAGAAAGGCCCAUCCUGGUUUGUUCAUGGUGAACUCCCCAACGGAAACGUUGUAUGGAAUCAGGCCGAAGUUAAGCUAGCAAGCGGAGAGUCAUCUCGCACACAUUUUGAUUAUACUAUUUACAGUCGACCGCGGCAUUCAAAACGCCAACAAACUCCAGACUUGACAAGCCAAGCUGUACAAGAGACCGUAUCGUCGGAGUCGAACAGCAUUUCUCCCGCGCGAUCGUCUCUCAUAUCGUUCGGACCGAGCAAGGCGGAAAGUCUGGGCAAAUUUGGCGCGCGGGAAACCUAUCAAUACACGACCGAGGAGACGGGUGCCGGCGGACACUUGCUCGACUCUUUAUGGGGACGAAUGCAAUUUGCUGUCUCGUCUGUUUUCCAAAGAGACAAAAAGGCUAACGCAUUGAUCGUGCCAACUCGCUGCAGCGUUCGAUACACACGAUACGGCGAAGGUCCCGUUUGGUACGGGCCGAACCGAUUGUGUACCUUGGAACUCCAAGGGCAUCGACUAGAAAAUUUAUCCCAGGCACCGCAGCUAGCCGCAACCAUUGCCGCCACGUGUGUCCCGGGUUUCUUAUCGACUCAUUCCGCCGUUGCCCAAGACGACACCGGGGCUCGAAGAGCCGUGGCGUGGUUCCGUGGAGAAAACUCGGUCCAACUACAGAUCACGCACGACUACAACAAUGCCGACAGUAUAGAAAGGUCACAUUCAAGUGGUGUUCGGGGUUUAUACGCGAAGGGAGCGGCUGUGAUUGAGCGUCUACAUGCAGCCACGACAACCAGCACUGGUGGUUCACUGUCAAUCUAUGAAGAAGAUUCAAGCUAUUUUAAAACGGAAAAGUAA